AUGGAAGCGGCGAUUGGCCUGGCAAGCGGGCUCAUCGACAGCAUACUGACUCUGCUUUCCAAUGAGCUCGUCGGGGCGUAUGUUGCUAGCACUGAGCUCGGCCUCAACUCCAAGCAGAUAAAGCGUGAUCUAAUGUUCACGCAAGGUCUGUUGCAUGAGGCCCAGAGGAGUGGCGUGGGAGACAACCACGCUCUGCAAGGGUUAAUCCAGGAGCUCAGCGCCAAGGCCGAUGAGGCCGAGGACGCACUAGAUGAGCUCCACUAUUUCAUCAUCCAGGAUGAUCUUGAUGGCACAAAGGAUGCGGUGCCAGAUUUGGGUGAUGACCUUCAGGGUCAUGCUCGCCAUGGUCGCCAUGCUCUUAGCCACACUAUUGGUAACUGCUUUGCAUGGUUUUCUUGUUCGCAUAUGCAUGGUGAUGAUGUUACUAAUAAUCCACAUGAUGCAACAAAUCCUAGUAGUGAUGGUCCAAUUGAUAGGCUACCAUUUCAUAGAGUGGACAUGUCCAAGAAAAUCAAGUCAGUGAUUCAGGAGAUACACUCUUUAUGUGGACCCGUGUCCGAAUUGCUCAAGAUAAUUCAGCGCGGUAGCAACAACACUCCAAUUUUCACCCUAAAACGACCUCUUAUAGGAUCAACCAGUGUACAAGAUACAUUGUUUGGAAGGAGAAAUCUUUUUGAGCAAACUAUAAAAGGUAUCAUCACAAAUAUUAGUGAGACCCUUUCUGUUAUUCCUAUAGUUGGUCCGGGGGGUAUUGGAAAGACAACCUUCACCCAACACCUAUACAAUGAUGAAAGGACUCAAGAGCACUUUCCUAUUAGGGUUUGGGUCUGUGUAUCAAGUGAUUUUGAUGUGCUUAAGGUUAGCCAAGAGAUUCUUAGUGGCAUAGAAAGAAACAAAACCGCAAAUCAAUCAACAAGUUUAGAUCAGCUCCAAAUAUCCAUCACGCAGGGGCUCAAGACUAAAAGGUUUUUAAUUGUCUUGGAUGAUAUAUGGGAAUGCAAUAGCCAAGGUUGGGAAAGCCUGCUAGCUCCACUCAUGAAGGGCGAAGCCAAGGGUAGCAUGGUUCUUGUCACGACUCGGUUCCCAUCUAAAGCUGAUAUUGUUAAAACAACUUACCCAAUAGCAUUGAAAGGCCUUGGGCCCGUUGAGUUCUUCACAUUCUUUGAAUCAUUUAUAUUUGGUGGACAAAAACCUGAGGGUUACCAUGAUGACUUGACUCAUAUUGCAAGAGAUAUUGCCAGGAAGUUGAAGGGUUCACCUCUGGCAGCCAAAACAGUUGGUCGGAUAUUGAAGAAGGAUCUAUCUCGGGAAUAUUGGAUGAGAGUUCUUGAAAACAAUGAAUGGCAAAAAGAAAAAAAUGAUGAUGACAUUUUGCCAUCUCUAAGAAUUAGCUAUGAUUACCUUCCUUUCCAUCUGAAAAAAUGCUUCCCAUAUUUUGCCUUGUUCCCUGAAGAUCAUAGGUUUAAGAACAUAGAGAUUACAUAUUUUUGGAUUGCAAUAGGAAUCAUAGACAAAGAUGAGAAUUACAUGGACGAACUAGUCGAUAAUGGUUUUCUUGUGAAGGUGAAUGAUGAUAGAGAGGGUGAAUACUAUGUUUUGCAUGACCUAUUGCAUGAACUAGCACGAAAUAUUUCAUUAAAAGAAUGCCUCAAUAUAUAUAGCAGGGCAAGUUUUAGAGUUGAUUCCAUCCCAAAAUCUAUUCGUCACUUGUCCAUCACCAUGAAAAACAAAUAUGAUGGGAACUUCACAGAAGAAAUUAUAAAAUUUAAGAGAAAGGUAGACUUUGUAAAUUUGCGGACUUUGAUGAUUUUUAGAGGACAUGCUGGAACUAUUGAUGAUAUUUUGAAAGAUAUUUUUAAGGACAUAAAAGGUCUUCGUGUCUUAUAUAUAGAAGUCGAGUCCCCGGAAUAUUUACCACACAACCUUUCAAAUUUCAUCCACCUCCAAUACCUAAAAAUUACUAGAUAUAACACUAGCUCACAGCUGACUUUACCUAGCAUGUUAUCCAGAUUUUAUCACUUGAAAUUUUUGGACCUAAGUAGUUGGUAUGGUAGUGAUAAAUUGCCUAAGGACAUUAGCCACCUUAUCAAUUUAUGCCAUCUAUUGGUAACAAAUGAACUCGAUUCUAAUAUUCCCGAGGUUGGAAAGAUGAAGUCUUUAAAAGGGCUUACAAAAUUCCAUGUCAAGAAAGAGAGUGUUGGGUUUGAAUUGAGUGAGUUGGAGGAGUUAACCGAGCUUGGAGGAGAACUCAGUAUAUAUAAUCUUAGAAAUGUGGCAACCAAAGAAGAGGCUACCAAAGCCAAACUAGUGUCAAAAGGCGGUUUGAAAAAGUUGGAGUUACAUUGGGGCACAGAAUACAAUUGGGGGGAACCUGAAGUCCAUGAUGAUAGUCCAGAAUUAUCACAUGUUAUUGAAGGUUUCAAACCACACCCUGAACUUCAAUCACUCGUCAUUAAAAAUCACGGUGGUUCAACCGGUCCUAGUUGGUUGUGUGGUUCCAUUAGUGUACUAAUGCUGACCGCUCUCCACCUGGAGGGUGUCUGUUGGACAAUUCUUCCACCCCUUGGGCAGUUGUUGCAUCUCACAUCGCUCAAGUUGAUAAAAAUUCCUGGAUUUGGUCAGAUCAGACCUGGCUUUGGCGGUGUUACAGAUAUAAGUUUUUUGCAGUUGAAGGAGGUUGUCCUUGGUCAGUUGCCAGAAUUUACAGAGUGGGUUGGGUCGUCUAAUGCCCAUUGCUUUUCAAGGCUUGAAUACCUCAGUUGCACGCAAUGCCCCAAUCUUCAUGAGUUAUACUUCAUGCAGGAGGGCUCUGGUUCUCAUACCAGUCUAUUGACACUAAUGAUUCGGGACUGCCCUAAGUUGGUCCAGCCUCCCAUGCCUCGGACUUCCACGGUAUCUCAUAUUGAUGUGUCUGCUGGUUCUUCGGGCAGCAUGGAUCAUCCUGAACGAGAUUUGUCUUUGACGGGGUAUAGCGGUGGAUUUCAAGCUGGAUCAAAAUUCACAUGGGCGCAACUCCCAAAGCUAACCUCCCUAAGGACACUUUGGAUUACAGAAGAUCCAAGCUUUACGUCAAUUACCCUGCUCUCCAACCUCACAUCUCUCACUGAUCUAAACCUAACGAAUUGCGAGAAUUUGACGGUGGAUGGGUUUAAUCCACUCAUUGCAGCUGUCAACCUCGAGCUACUCAGGGUCCGCAACGGUGGAGAUCGCCCUCGCUCUGUAGCCGCGGAUCUGCUCUCCGAGUUGGUGGUGGCAAGCAUGACCAAACAAUUGUUGCCUUCUGCGGGCUGCUUUCGACUGGGGACGCUUGACGUGGAUAACAUCUCAUCAGUGCUUGUUACUCCCGUAUGCACUCUCCUCGCCAAUACCCUCCACACAUUAUAUAUCAGCUGUGAUAAGCGGGUGGAGAGCUUUACGGAAGAGGAAGAGAAUGCGCUUCAGCUCCUCACCUCCCUCCGAUUCCUAACAUUCUGGCGUUGCCCGAGGCUGCGAUCGCUCCCUCGGCGGUUACACAGGCUUUCUUCGCUCCGGUACCUACAUGUCGGCUAUUGUCCUGAAAUCCGAUCACUGCCCAAGGAGGGGCUCCCCACUUCUAUGGGGAUGCUAACAGUAACCAGGUGCGCUCCCGAGCUGCAUGAGCAAUUCAAGGAAUUACAAGGAACAAACCCACGUUUAAACGUGACGUCAAAUUUGUAA